AUGGAGAGUCUGAGUGAGCUACAGAAUCCACUGCUGUCUCGGGACCCCGCACACCUCCACGGCCCCUACCCCUACCCCGAGGCUUCUCCCACCUGGCCGUGCCGGGAGAAGAUCUACUCCUACCUCCUGGGUGGUGCUGGGCCUGCUCACGCCCACCAGCUCCUGGACCCAGGAUCCCUGCAGCUGGCCGUGGAGGCCUGGUACAGGCCUAACUGCCUCCUGGGGAGGGACAAGGUCAAGGAGCCCAGGGCAGACAGCUGCGAAACGAGCUUCACAGAGAGCAGGGAGCCCCCCGCUGGGCCUAUGGAGCGGUCCACAGAACCUGGCCAAGUGGAGGAGGAUGUCACCAUCCAGACUGUGUCCUACGGGGUUCAAGAGGAGCUCCAAGGCCAAGAGGACGACCAGGAGGAGGAGGAGGAGAGUGAUGCAACCUCGACAGAGAGUGAAAGUGAAGACAACUUCCUUACGCUGCCUCCCAGGGACCACCUGGGUCUCACUAUCUUCUCCAUGCUCUGCUGCUUCUGGCCACUGGGCAUAGCUGCCUUCUACUUCUCCCAGGGGACCAGCAAGGCCAUCUCCAAGGGGGACUUCCGCCUGGCCAGCACCACCUCCCGCCGGGCCCUAUUCCUGGCCACACUCUCCAUCGCCAUCGGGGCUGGUCUCUAUGUGGCCGUGGUGGUAGCCCUGGCAGCUUACAUGUCCCAGAAUGGCCACAGCUAG